AGCCACCUGCAGCGGUUCCUCAGAGGGUUCCUCGCGAGAUGCAGCAGCGCAGAGAGAAAGUGGACACAGCUCCGCGCAUGCAGCUCUUUAACUGCAUGCACGCGGACUGCGGGGCCACGUUCACGCGCAAGUGGCGUCUAGACGAGCACGAGAGCGUCCACACGGGCCAGCGACCCCUCAAGUGCCCAGUGGAGGGCUGUGGGCGGAGCUUCUCGCGCAAAGCCCACCUGAACAGACAUGCACACCAACACGGCGAGAAAAAGAUCAGGUGCGGUGUGGCGAGCUGUGGCAAGAGCUUCUACAGUAAAGACAAACUGAAGAGACACGUCCACUACGCACACGGAGACAAGGACCAGUACUUUAAGUGCACCUUCCCCGGCUGUCAGAUGACGUUCCGGAAGCGGCGGGUGCUGAAGCUCCACCUGGCUGGUCACGGUGUCUCGGCGCCCUUCAGGUGCUCUAAGGCUGGAUGUGGAAUGACCUUCGGAACGCACGUCGCUCGGAAAGCUCACGAGAAAACUCACACAGGCUACCACUGUCCUCACGCUGACUGUCGGGUGGUUGAGUACACCUGGGGGAAACUCCAGAAACAUGCCGCCAAACACCCAGCUUCUUUCUCGUGCGGCUUGUGUAAGAAGGUGUUCGGUAAGCGUGACGCUCUGCGGCGGCACCGACGUUCCCACGCCCUGCAGAAGCCCGUCCUGCUGUGCCCAAGCGAAGGCUGCCAGGCCUACUUCUCCACCACCUUCAACCUGCAGCACCACAUCCGCAAGGUCCACCUCAAGCUGCUCCGCCACGCCUGCUCCUUCCCCGGCUGCACCAAGGCCUUCGCCAUGCGGGAGAGUUUGGUCCGUCACCUGCUUCAUCAUGACCCUGAUGCCAGCAGACUGAAGCGGCGUCAGAAGCGCAGCAGUAAGAGCUGGCAGAAGCGGUUGGAGGGCCGCAGCCAGCGCCCCCUGGUGGAGGACAACCUACAAAGGCUGUUCGCUCUGCGCAUGCGCAUCACCCGCAAGGCCAAAGUGGAGGCUAACCUGUCCGGCCUCUUCAACGAGCGCAAAAUACCACACCAUGUGGACCCAGAGGUGAACCUGAGGGACCUGUUCAGCAUUAAACCCCCUCAGAAAGUCAAGGGUUAGGGCUCAAACAGGCCCAGUAUGGAGUUGAUUUAUUCAUUUUGAAGUGAUUUCUUGCAAAAAACCUGUGUUUGAGAACUGGAUGUGCGUUUUGUUUGCAAGGCCGAUUUUAUUUUGUAUGAACUUAGUGCUUCAGCUCAGCCACUGCACAUUCACAAGAAGUUGAGUCUAAGCAGUGAAGUUUACAUAUUGGCCCAAAAUCUUAGAUUUUUUUUUUUUUUUUCUCUCCAUGGGAAUGAACUUGCCUGUAUCAAGUUUGGAUAUUUGUGUUGGCACUAAUUUGAUUAAAAUGAGCAUGUAAACAGUG